GACAGUUGUUGGUUUCGCAUCUCUCCAUCUUUCUUUUGACUGACGAGGCUGAGCCCCGUCCUUUUCUUUACUUCGUCCCCCAACUAUAAUCUUUGCCAUCCGCAUUCUGUAUUGUACCAUGACCGACCAACCCACUUACGAACCGUCUCCCAUCUUCGACGCUCUUGACUUUGACCUGGUAGUCAAAGUUCUCUCGCAAACUGCUUUCAGUCCUUUCUUUGUGUUUUUCAUUCCGGUCUUCUACGUAUUCAAGGGAGAAAGUUUUACGAGUGACAUCGUCUUGUUCUGGUCUGUAUAUCUCGUUGCUAUCUCUGCUUUCUGGGCUUUAAAGUGGAUCUCUAAGUUAUAUCGUAAUCAAGGCAACCUGCUAUUUGGAACAGCGCCUUUGGAUUGGAGCGAGCAGAUUAUUGUGGUCACUGGAGGGUCAUCUGGUAUCGGGGAAUUGCUAGCAAACACUUUGGCGGUCCGUAAUGUUACUGUGGUUGUUCUAGAUGUCAAGCCUAUCAUCACAGAAAAUUAUAAUGUUGCCUUUUAUCAGUGUGAUGUCUCGAAAUGGGAGGAAGUUGAAGCGGUAUCUAAAAGAAUUAUAGAAGAAAUUGGACACCCUACGAUGCUCAUAAACAACGCAGGAGUGGUUCAAGGCAAACUUAUUCUUGACCUCAAUGAGGAAGACGUUCAACAAACAUUUGGAGUCAACACCCUGUCUCACUUCUGGACAAUCAAAGCGUUCCUUCCUGAAAUGAUCAAACAGAAAAGAGGUCACAUUGUCACGAUGUCUUCCGUCAUGGGACUGGUGGGCUCUGCUCAAAUGACCGACUACAGCGCAUCAAAAGCUGCGCUCGUCUCCUUACACGAGUCACUUCGGUACGAACUUGACAAACGUUAUCUCGCCCCAGGCGUUCGCACGACACUUGUCCUCCCAGGUCAUGUUCACACACCACUCUUUUCGACUGUUCGACUACCGCAAAACGAAUUUUUCAAGUUUUUCGCCCCAUCUGUUGCGCCUGUCACCGUUGUCAAAGCUAUCAUCACAGCUCUCGAUGAAAAGUAUUCUCAGGUACUUCACCUGCCCUUCUACACACAUUUCGCGCCCAUCCUGCCGAUGCUGCCCAGUUAUUUGAGGGACUUUGCUCAAUGGUUCUCAGGGGCGGAUUAUGCCAUGCAAGGGUUUUCAAAAGUGACGGGCCGACGACCGGAUGAAGGUGUACAGAAUGCAGUGAAAAACUGAGUUUGGUCAGUCGAUAGGUCAAGAAUUAGCAUGUGUAUACUGUGUAUCAUGAGUAUAGCACUGCAGGAAACCCUGAAGAGCAAUAACAUCUCUUUUUUGUGGUACUCA